GUGAGAAUACUUCUCGUGGGAGGCGGCGCCCGCGAACACGCGUUGGCAUGGCGCAUCGCCCGCAGUCCAUCGCUGACCAAGCUGUGGGUGGCGCCAGGAAACUACGGAACUGCAAGAAUUGCCGCCAACCUCGGCGUUGGCAGCAGCGUUGAUACCCUGGUACAAGCCGCCCGAGAUGUCCGUGCCGACCUCGUCGUCGUUGGCCCGGAGGCGCCGCUGGCGGACGGACUCGUCGAUGCCCUCUCCGAAUUCGGCAUCCCGGCCUUUGGGCCCACACGCGCUGCAGCACAGCUCGAAUCCAGCAAGAGCUUCGCCCGCCAGAUAAUACGCGAGGCCAACGCACCCGGCCCCGAGUUCGCCGUGUUCACUGACGAGUCCGAGGCCCUGGAGUACCUGCGCCUCAACCCCGGCCCUCGCGUGGUGAAGGCCGACGGUCUGGCUGCGGGCAAGGGCGUGGUGGCGGCCGACGCUGUACGCGCCAGCAUGUCGGCCCGCGCCUUCGGCGACGCCGGGGCCACCGUGCUGCUGGAAGAGAGGCUGGAGGGCCGCGAGGUCAGCGUCUUUGCGUUUUGCGACGGGGAACGCCUGUCGCCUCUCGUUGCCGCCUGCGACUACAAGCGGCUCGAGGAUGGCGACCUGGGCCCCAACACCGGCGGGAUGGGAAGCUACUCUCCUCCCGAGUUCUGGACGCCGGAAUUGUCCGGGGAGGUCGAACGCACCAUCAUGCGCCCGGUAAUUGAGGCAAUGGCCAGUCGCGGCACGCCCUACCGAGGGGUGCUGUACGCCGGACUGAUGCUGACCGUCGACGGGCCGAAGAUCCUGGAGUUCAACUGCCGUUUCGGCGACCCUGAAACCCAGGUGCUGAUGCCCCGGCUGGCCUCCGACCCGCUGCCCGCCAUGCUCGCCUGCGCCGAGGGGCGCCUGGACCCGAAUUCCGUCGCCUGGGACGACCGGCGCUGUGUCGGCGUGGUCAUGGCGUCCGGUGGUUACCCCGACAGGUUCGCAACUGGCAAGGCCAUCGAGGGGCUGGACGAAUUCGAUGCCAGGGACACCCUGGUGUUCUGUGCGGGUGUGGCUGAGGGGCCGGGCGGCGGACCGGUAACUUCAGGAGGUCGCGUGCUGACGGUGGUCGGGGAGGGCAACUCGCUUCCUGAGGCGAGGGAGCGUGCCUACUCCCGGUUGGCCGGCAUCACGUUCCAUGGCGCGCACCGGCGCACGGACAUUGCGGCCGUGGGUGCCAGGGUGAACGCGUGA